UCUCUUUUUCUCUCUCUCUCUACCUUGUCUUUCUCUCUCUAAAAAAAAGGUUUGAUCUUUGAGGGAAAAAUGGAGUACUAUGAACUGGAACAGGCUCCUUCUUGCCAAGACUCUCUGAAGGCCGUUGAGUCUGACAUUCAGCACGCCAAUAUGUUGGCAGCUUCUAUUUCGAGAGCCAAAGGCUGCGCAUGCCUGCAAAUGAAAUUGGAGUACAAUCACUUGGCGCCCGUUUAUUUGUUCUUGUUGCAAUGGUUGAAUUGCUCUUCCUCAUGUUUGCUUCCGAGUUACCUAAAUCUUUUCCAUAUAGUUGUUUACAAGGUGCACCUUGACAAUAAGCAGAAGUUUCCGUCGCACGGUCGAAAAGCAAGCAUUGGACAAUUCUACGGUGUGAUAUUACCGUCUCUUGAGCACCUAUACGACAACUCGGUGGAGAUAGACAGUUACAACGAUGAAAUUAAUCGAUUUGAAAUGGUGACGAAAAAGAAAACGGAAUCUAAUAAAAGGGCUUGUUUAGAUGUGGAUUUGGAGAGAGAAGAUGAAUGUGGAAUUUGCUUAGAGGCUUGCACGAAGAUGGUUUUGCCUAAUUGCUGUCAUGCAAUGUGCAUCAACUGCUACCGUGACUGGAAUAUGAGAUCAGAAUCAUGCCCCUUCUGUCGAGGCAGCAUAAAGAGAGUCAACUCAGGGGAUUUAUGGGUGAUGACAUGCAACGAAGACGUAGUAGAUCAAGAAACGCUUUCUAAAGAAGAUAUGCUGCGUUUCUACCUCUAUAUAAACAGCUUGCCUAAAGAUAUUCCUAAUGCUCUCUUCUUAUUUUACUAUGAAUAUUUAUUAUGAUAUAUAAUAAUAAUACGAGGUUAGUAGUUGAAAAUGAAAGUGAAAUGCCGACCAUUAAAUCCGUGUCGAUAGAGUCCGGUAGCCCCUUUCGCCCACUCAAUUCUCUGUGCGGUCUCACCUGUAUAACUGCUACAGAAAUUUGUGAAUAAUAAUGUAAUAUUUAUGCUCUUCAAUAGUUUGAAGACAAAUAUUUAUAUAAAUAAGAGAUUUAUUCUUAACGUUGUUCGAAAUUUAGAUGUAUCUAGUUGUUUUCGGUUAUUGUCUGUGUUGAUUGUCGAAUUAUGGUUUUUGGUGAAUGGCUUGAAACCAGGUUAUAGGUUAUUUAUAUG